UCGCUGCAGAGAGGCAGCAGAACUGGGAGGGGAAACUACCAGCAGGCAGCUACAGGCGACAGCGACAGCUUCAAACAUUUUGAGGUCUCGUGCAGCAGCAGGCGAAAAUGAGUGACGCGAAUCAGCCCAAAGUUGAACUUUUUGUGAAGGCGGGCAGCGAUGGUCAGAGCAUCGGAAACUGUCCGUUCUCCCAGCGUCUCUUCAUGGUGCUGUGGCUGAAAGGAGUGACCUUCGACGUCACCACGGUGGACAUGAAGAGGAAGCCGGACAUCUUGAAGGACCUGGCUCCGGGUGCUCAGCCUCCCUUCCUGUUGUACGGCUCCGAAGUGAAAACAGACACCAACAAGAUUGAGGAGUUCCUGGAGGAAAAUCUCUGCCCUCCGAAGUUUCCUCGUCUGGCUGCUCGUAACCCAGAGUCCAACACAGCAGGAAUGGAUGUUUUCUCCAAAUUCUCCGCUUACGUCAAGAACUCCAACCCUCAGUCUCAUGACAAUCUAGAGAGAGGUCUGCUGAAGGCUCUGAAGAAGCUGGACGAUUACCUCGGCUCCCCACUUCCUGACGAGAUUGACGAGAAUAGCGCUGAUGAGAUCACUUCCUCGUCCCGCCCCUUCCUGGACGGCCAAGAGCUUACUCUGGCUGACUGCAACUUGCUGCCUAAGCUCCACAUCAUGAAGGUGGUUUGUUUAAAAUACCGAAACUUCAGCAUCCCUCAGCAUCUGACAAACCUCUGGAGGUACCUGAAUGCAGCGUACGCCAGAGAGGAGUUUUCCUCCACCUGCCCAGUUGACGAGGAGGUCCACUUCGCCUACUCCUCUGUAGCUAAAGCUCUCAAGUAGGAGCACAAUAGGAUGCACAAACACAAAAACACACAAAUACUCACCCGCACACACAGUCCGCAAGCAGCUUGAUCGAUCUGUUUCUCAGGAGAAUUUCGUUGCAUCUGCACAGUCAUUUUUUUGCAGCCUAAAAAGUCAUAAUGUCAUAAUGUUAGACAGCUGUGAUGAGUCAGUAUAGCUGGUUUACGAUCAUCAAGCUGUACUCCUUAUGUUCAUUGUGAAGGAGUAUUACCAAAACCUGUCCAUCAGCUGGAUGUCCUUCCUGGGCGUCCUGGAAAAAAUUGAAAUAUGAAGUAAACACGAGCGGGCCUAUUCAGCUUCCUCGCCUAACGUUACGUGCACAGUGUGCAUUCAGCAGUUUCAUUCAUCCUAACAAUAAAAAAUAAUAAGUCAACAAAGUCUAAAACUGUAAAGCAAAGUUGAACAGGAUGUAAAUUUCCAAGUUUAAUCACAUAAUAUUCUGACUUUUUUUGUUUUUUUCCAAAAAAUUCUGACUUGCUAUAUUUAGACUUUUUUCUUGAAAUAGUAUGACUUUAUUCUCAUUAAAUUUUGGCUUUAUUCUCGAAAUACUCGAAAACAUUUUACAACUUUUUUUCUUGAAACGGUAUGACGUCAUUCUGAUUAGAUUCCAACUUUAUUCUUGUAAUAGUCCAGCGUUUUUUCUUGAAAUAAUAUAACUUAACUCCCAAUAAAUUAGGACUUAAUUUUAUUUUUUUUUUCUUGACAUAGUGAGACUUAAUUGUCAUUAAAUUCUGACUGUAUUAUCUUAAUAUUUUUUUCCUGGGAAUUCAGGUGCUAUUCAGACUUUACUCUCACAAAACUUUUUGUUCCUCUCAGUGUGGCCCUAAUACUGCUUUUGUAGUUUGACCUCAUGGAUCAGUUUCCAUCAGGAGGGAAACGAGGAGGCACAAGAGACAAAAGGACGGUGUAAAGAGAAAAAAACAUGAGAUGUGUGAAAGUUUAUUCUGAGAUUUCCUGGACAUUUACUGAUUGAUAAGGUUGCUUGCAGACUCACACUCACACACACACACACACACACACACACACACACACACACACACACACACUCACACUCCAUGUACAUGUGCACACACUUACACAAACAUUUUUACACACUUCAAACUACCGCCUUGCUUGUGUACAUAUUCACCAUCAGUAGAUGCACACUGUAAAGUUGUUUCUUGUUCCCUUCUUGAUGUUUUCUACAGUAUAUCUUUUUUUUUUGCGGGAAAGUUCAACAGAUUCAAAGCUGCCUAUCAGAUCAGACUUUCACUAUUACCUUCACACAAGCUGAGUCAAUUCUUAUUUUCAGUCUUGGUAUUAAGCAAGUGUGUUUUUAGGUGACUAACAUGCGUACCAGCACCAGCUCACCUGCCAAAGUGUCUUUUGUGGCUUUUGUUAACGAGGGAACAAAGCCUUUUACAGUAACAGAUUACACAUAUUUUUUUAUUAAAUAGAUGUUUCUCAUUCUUCUCUUCAGAGAGGAAAUGGCGGCCUGCAGACCGGGUCUCGCUUUAGAGAGGCAGAGCUGAAAACAGUCACAGAGAGACAGGAAACUAUUUCAAUAGACCUGGGCUUCCCCUUUUCUGCGCUCCCACAGCAGGCGUGAAGGAUUAUUCAAGAUUACAGAGCUCGUUCGUUAUCUGCUGUAGGCACCUCCUGCCAAUGAUUUAUUUUUUUCUGCCUGUUAUGUAUGAAGGAUCGCCUUUAGUGUCGUAUGAAAGAUUGUGUUGAUGCUGUGGAUGAAGACGUAAAAGAUGUUAACAGCCUAAGUGCUGCAGUGAGAGCACGUGUCCUGCCUCCUCUGGUAGCUCGAGGCCUCUUCUGUUACAUGGGGAAGUUCAGUGUAAACAUGCACAAUUUUUUAAAAUGGAAAACAAAACGCAGUUGCAGCUUUAGUUUGCCGUCCAUCAGUAAUUUAAGGAUAAAGCUGGCAAUAUUAUUAUCUCAUUGUCAACAAAUCCCAAGAAAAGACCACAUGACUUUGCUGCUCAAUAUGUCAUGAACUUAUUUGUCAAAUGUGUGACCUCAAAAAUAAGGAGGAUUUAAAAAAAAAAAAGAAGUGUGGCAGGGGUCAGAAAAUAUUUUUCUGCAUUCUGGUGACUUAAAACAAAGAAAAUAACAAAAUAAUAGCACACUAAAAUUAAAAGUAGGCCUGUUUCUGCAUUUCACACAAACUAUUAUUUUAAUUACAAAGAGGUUUCUUAGAGGGCACUGUAGUUUUUUUUGGGGGGGGGGGCAAAAAUUACUCUAACAGGAGUAAAUUGUGUAUUUGUUAGGGACUAUUUUCAGUAUUAACAGCAGAAGGACACAUUAUUUGGGAGUGAUUUAAAAUAAGCUACAGUGCUCAUGCUCAUUGUGAUAAAUGUCACUUAGAGUUAUGAUGUGGCCCAUUAAUGGGUUAAUAGCUUUCGGGAUGGUUUCGCUCUUGUCAUGGGAUUUGUUGACAGAAAGUGUUUAAUAUCACUAGAUUUAUCCUUAAAUUAAAAACCUUGUGUAUUUAGCGAUUGCUGGCUGUCACCUCACUGUCGUGUGUCACCAGCAGGAUGAAUCCACUCUAGUUAAGUUUGUUAGUCUGAAAUAAUCGUAAAAAAUGACUUGAAAUUGACCCGCUGGGAAGAACUGGAACCAAUAACAGCACGCCUUCUCCGACUGUAGCAGCGGCUUGUGUAGACGUUUUUAUUAACUGCACUGCAACUAUGCAAUUUAACAUUUUAUAGAGGCUGUUUGCAAUUAAGACUUUGUCGAUGUGGUAGGUUUGUUGUGAGCUCAAGUUAGCCUCACUAUGUGUCAUGUCUGUCAGAUCAGGGUGAAGCUCUUUUAAAAAAAAAAAAAAAAGUAAAAACCUAAGUGCAAUUUAAGCCGAUGAAAAGACAAUCUUGUACACAGACGUCCAGCGUGAGCAGAUUUUUUACAUGAUUUAUAACACAAGUUAAAUCCUUCCAUGAAGUGUCAGUCAAAGAGUUGAUACUGUAUAUUUUAUAUUGACUGAAUUGUUGUGGAUUUUCUAAAAAUGGACCAGCAAUUAAAGGGAUUGUGUCUGGAUAA